CUAUAGCUAUUGUCCUCUUGAUCACUGAUAUUUAAUUACUAUUUGAGGUCACUUGGUAUCUUUUGUUUGCUGUUGUCCUUUAAAACAAUUAAAGAACCAUUUAAUUUUGUUUUUGCUGAAACAUUUAGCUUUUAUAUGCUUUUUUUUCCUCUGCAAAAAGAGGUUAAACUACAAGCAUUUCCUCCCACUCCAGGAUUACUCUCAGGGUAGGAUUUUGCUUCUAAACUAGUGCAGAUCUCAUGGAAGCGCUCUGAGUUAUAUUCACUGUUUUAUUUUGCUGAUGGUCUGCCUCUUUGUUGCUUUGCCAGUGGUCAUUGGAUGUGCAAAGAGCUACCAUAUGAUGGCAGGCCUUUGUGGAAUAGUGGGAGUUAGCUCUCCCUUAGGUAGUCAGCUGAAACAGUGUUGUGCCCAGAUUAGUAAUUUAUUCUUUUCUUGUCAACUUCAAGUUAUCCAUGGUUAAGUUUUUUCAAGUACCUGAGUAAGUUGACAUGACACAUGAGUGUGCGAAAAGGGAGCUUCGUAAAGCAACAUGGAAUGACAUUCCCUAGAAUGCAGUAUCUUCAGUCAUGGUUUAGGCAUGAUUAUGAUUAAAAGUGUUUUCUGGGUCCAGCAGCAGGCACUUAAGAUUGCACUUCUGACAGUUAAAUCGGAUGCUUAAAAUAGAAGAGUUUGUUGAACUGUUGCUUUACUGAAUUUUCACUGAUUUCAGAUUUCAAGAGCAGUAUUUACAAAAAACCAAAACAAAUUAAAUUGACAAAUAGUGCCCUGCAAUAAACCUGAAAAUUUUAAGCUUUGAAAAACAUGCAUAUCUUGAUUUCUCCCCAUUUACCAUUCUUUUCUACAAUCUUCUUUUUGAAAAAGGAUUAAGGAAUUGGAAGAUCCUUGUCUUAUCCUAUUAUUUCUGCAACUGAGAGUUUUGCUAAGAAUAGUCUUUUAAUCUGUUGUCAUAACAGUUCUUUACCAAAAUGUGGAGUUACACAAGUUUUCUUUUGUUGAAGCUAUUGUGGUUUAUGAUUUCUGUGACAAAACUGACCUGGAAGACACAACAUCUUAAUAUUAUCAUAUGUUGUGAUAAUAGGAUUCAUCAUGGAACCAAUCUGUAGUGGAGCUUCAUAUGACAUUACACUGAAGAAGCUGUAGAGAUGCUCUCCUAUCAAAUGUAGCACAGCAGAGUUUGCAGAGUGGUAUUUUUUCUGUAGAUGUAGCACUACUCAUUCUGAUAAUGCUUGCUUUAGAAAAAUGCUACCUAAUAAAUUUCUUCAUGGUUAAUUAAAGUCACGGUUCAGGAGUCAAUAAAAAAAGUCAAGAGGAAAGGUAGGAUGAGAAUCUGCAUCAUGAGAAAUGCCAGUUUACAGGCUGGUGAGAACUGCAUGCUGCAGCCUGCCUCAUUUACAGCCUCCUGGCAUUUGAAUGUAAAACCUGUUUUAAAGGGAAUGGAAGAUACUUUUCUAAAACAGUCUCUGCUGAUGUCUAAUGACUUAAUAAAACAAGAAUAUUUAAGAAUAUAUGAACUCUGCAGUGUAUUCCAUUAUGAAUACAUAAUUUCACUGUACAAUCUCCUGUGUUAAACUUUGUGUCACAUGUAGCCUUAUCACAAAAUACAGCCCCCUGGAAAACAUGUAAUACAGGAUACCAUAUUGCAGCAGAGUGGCACUGUAGUAAACUAGAUUAGAAGUGAUCUGUAACUUGGUAAGAAUUAGUUAAGUGCUAUUGGCCACAGGUGAGGGUUUUCCAGAGAGGGUGCACUGGUAUUCCAGAGCAGCUGUGUUGUAGGAGGUGAGAAGUGCUGGGAAAUUACAAGUGUUGCUGUCUUACUUGCUGCUGAAUUUGGAUCACCAGGACUGUGUCUAUUACCAAAAUCAACUUGAAAGCCACAGAUAAAGUUUGGGCAAUUCUUAAGCUUUUUAACUCUUAAUGCAACUUUCAGGGGGUUUAAGUAUUUAUGGUGGUGUCUUUCUCUAGCGAUAGCUUCAUGUUUAGAUUAUGUACCUUUAAAGAUAUUAUAUUUCAGAAACCUAGAAAUCUGGAUAGUACUUGAUGAAGAAAUGUGAGGUUUCAUUUCCCUGUCACAAACUGGCAGACUCUUGCUGCUUAGAGGGGAGAGGGAAAUGGCUGAAGGAAUGGUAGAUAAGCAAGCACAAAUUUUCACCUUUUCAUGGAGCUGAUAUCAUGCGUUCACUUAUUUAGCUUUCUUUCUUUGCCCUCAGGCUACUUUAAGUCUCUGUAUUUUGACUUCUCAUUUUUCUAUUUUCUUAAUCUUAAUUUUGUUUAACUUCCCAUGUGAUGAAGUUAGAGCUGCUGGUGGCUAUAAUGUGUGUUUUACCUAAUUGGGUGGCAGGCCCUAACUCAGAAGUGUGGAUAAUUUCUUCUGUGACCAGCUGCUUUAGUCAGUGUUGUAGAAGAGAAAUAAAACUGACUAGCUCGAAGUGCCAGAAGUGAAUCAGUUACCUGCCUGGUUUAGGUAAUGUGUGUGUAAGGUAAACAGAAACAUACAGCCCAUGUGGCUUUUUUCCUGUGCUUUAUGGCAGUCUCUUUGAUUGUCCUGUGCCAUUAACAAAUAGUGCCUUAACUCUUCGUGAAUGACUAUUAGAUGCAUUUUUUUAGUAUUUUUUUUUUAGUAAAAGGGGCUGUAAUUUAUAGACUAAUGACAUUAUGGGACAAUGUCUUAGAUUGUAGAGAAAUGUAGGUGCAAAAGGAAGAAGGUGGAUUAAUCCUCUCAAUAGGAAGUUUACUGAUAAAAACCAAAAAAUAUCUCUUUUGAAAAGAGAAUCACUGCAAAACUGACAUUGUUUGUAAGUAAUUUACUGUGGUGCAUUUGUUACUUGGUUCUUCAUUAUCCUGCUUGUGCAAGGUGUGUGAUGUGUUUUAUCUGACUGUAAAGAAUUCAUUUCUCAGUUGACUUGAAUUUGAUGUUAAACAAAGCUAAUGUUUUAGUGAUACCAGAAAUGAUUGUGUUAUUUUGGGUGUUUUGCAAGAGAUGUUUUGCAAUAUGAGAAUUGGCUUUAGAAAUAUGUGGUGAUAUUGAUUUUUAUAUAGGGAGUAUUCAGAAGCUGUGAAUGCAGGUUCAGCAGUUCCGCUGCCCCUUGUUCAGCAGGCAGGAUGAGAAAACACUGGUAUGUUGUACUUGGUUUGCAUAAAUGCUUGCUUUGAGCUUCUGAGGGAAAUGUGAUGUGGAGGUGCUGACUCUGCCUGUGCUCCACGGGGAGCAGCGUGUGAAAUCACUGGUGGACCUUUGGUGGUUCUGUCCCUUCCAGCUGUACCAGCAGUGCCAGGAAAUGGCUCACCUGGAGCAGUGUUUAGCAACAGGAGUUGUUUCUUGUGGCUUUCUGCAUGUUUGCAUGUGAUCUUACACUACUUAUUUAUACAGUAUCAGUAUUUUGCUAGUUAGUCUUAAUUUUAUUGCUGCCAGUCGGAGGUCUUUCUUUAUAGCUGAACAGCCUCUGAGUCUUUAGUUACUUCUGACAGUGUACCAGACUGUUCCAAGGUACUUGAGACAUGGAAGUGGAAAAGCUCAAGUUCCAGUUGUGUUAUACAAAAAUCCCUAUCUCCAACUUCAGGUUUCCCUAAUUUCAGGUUGAGCUGUUAAUAUUUUGGCACUGGUGACUGCACCUGUGAGCAAUUGCUAUUUCAGGCAGAAUGGUAUUUGAAUGGAAUUUGAUGCAGGGAGUUCCAACACUGGUGCAAAAAACAUUAUGUUGAAAAUUAGGUGUUUGAGCUCACUCCUGAUUUUGUUAUUAACCUUUUAUUGCGAGUAUUGAAACCAUUUGGGGUGAGGUUCUCAAAAUAGCACAAUCUUUAGUGGAAACAUUUACUUUUGAUUAGAUGCUAUAGUGUUGAUCAGAGAAGUCUUGACAGGGGAAGCGCAAGCUCCUAUCUGUAUGACUGACUCUGCAAAUAUAAUCCCUGGGGCAUCCCUGCUUCAGUGACACUGCAGAACAUGUGUGUCCUCAGUGUCAGUGAAAUUGGCUUUUUCACCAGAGGGCGAGUAACAGCCUGAAAAGGGAAAACUCAAGGGGCUGCAUUUGCCAGCAGCUGCUGCUGGAAGCUCUGCUUGGGAAAUAAGUAUGUUCCUCUUGCCUGGCUGUCAGUAAUAAUUCCCCUCUCAUGUCCCUCCCUUCAAAGCAAACAAGGAAGCUCCCAGUGGUGGUUGGGGAUCAGGCUGUUUACCUGUGCUUUACCAAGGUGCUGUAGCUGCUGGCACAACCCCUUUGUGGGCUGACUGAAGUGGCUGAAAAAAGCAGCAGGUCAGUUGAAUUAAGUUGAAAAACAGAACAUGCAUUUUUUGCAUAGAAAAAAAUGGAUAGCUCUUUUUUUGUAUGUUUCUUUGAUGACUUCUAGUCUGUCUUUGAGCUGGAAGCUGGCUUUCAGUAGAUAGGAAAUUUUGUUGACUCAUUUUGCCCCCUUCUAUUGUACUUUAUAAAGUACAUAAAUAUUAGGGUGGGGAAGAUCUAAGAUGCAGGAAGCUCUCUAAGUGUAAUUUAGAUUAAAAAGAAAAAGUUGCUUUUUUUUUUUUUUUCCAUGAAGAAGUUUUCUCCUUUCCUGCCCCUCAGAUUCUCCUACAGCAGUAUAAAAGGUAAAAGUUCACUAUUUUUGUAAGAGGAAAAAAUAGAGGGCUGAGCAUGGAGUCUGUUGAAGAAUUUUCAAUAAAUUGAAUAGCCUUUAUCAGUACCUCUAGUGUUUCCCUAGAACAUCCACAGUUCAUCCUCAAGGUACUUGGAUUCUAAUCUCCUGCAUCAUCCUCAUUGCAUAUGUUACAGAUGGGGUUAAAAACCACCCAAAUCUCCUCUACUAAUUCAGGCUCUGCCUUGUUGUUAUUUUUGUCUUCAUGUUCUCCUUGGUAAAUUUUAAAUAUUUAUUUUUGUUUUGAUUCAGGAUCUGGAAAAAACUCUUCAGUCACCAGUAAUCAGGGUGAAAACUCUGAGGACCUUGUGGCUCUUGAGGCCUUCUAUGGUUUUUAUAUACUUAUAUCUGGAGCUGAGCAUUGCAAGAAAGCUCCCCCUAUGUAAGAUAAUAGGAUUACUUGUCUGUUCCAAACAGAACUGGAAUCUGGGCAAAGACAUCAGUUGUGAAGACUAAAAUCAGAUUAUCAGACACCUGUGCUGUUUAAGUAGUAGGUACCUCCUUGUUGUAAAAGGGCCUCCUUUGUAAAAGGUGACUUUUGGAGUGCAUAAUUAAGUUCAGUCCAUUGCAAUUACCUUCAAAUAGAUUAUCAUCUGUUCUAUGGGAACUGUUGUAAGGUGACCACUGGCCAAGAAAAGACUACUGGAGUGGAGAAGGGGGUGGUUUGUUUCCCUGUGUGUCCUCCCCUUCUAGUAGACUCCUCAAUUACACUGACUAUCUUAAUAAGAUGAGAUGGCAGAUACAUAUGAAGAAAACUAUAUCUGGUUUCCUAGAUGACUGGAAAAAGUCAUCAUGUGAUCCAGCGGGAGCAUGUUGUUAGUCAUUAUUUGAAGCUGUAAACUGCAACAUUAAAUUAUAGCAAAGGUUGCAUUCAUAUAAGUGGAUUUUGGCCAUUAUUUAUUAAUUUAGGACUUUACGUAGUUGUUCCCUGUUAAAUUGUACCGAGGACAGUUAGAUUAACGCAGAGGGCUCUGUGUCUCUACAAGAGAUUUAUCAAUCUGGCAACAAUGUUUGCCAAACCAGUGAAGUAAUUCCUUGAUUUAAACAGCCCGUAUUACAUUUUAUUAAGUUUCAUUUGCUGUUGUGUACUCAGGAAUAUUUUGCUUUAUACCUAAAUUUAUUUGUUGAUACCAAACCUGUCAUCUUUUCUGAAAUUACCAUCUUUAGUGGAGAAAGCCAUCUGUUUAUUGUUAAAUACUCAACAGUUUCUGGGAUAUCAAGUAAUUGGCUUUGAAUUGUCCAUGUAUAAAUGGCUAUAAAAAUGUAACUCUCCUAAAGUGUAAAAAAAAAUUAAAUGUGCCUUAAAUUUCUUGUCUUUGAGCAAACUGGAGUGACACUACCCUUUUCUCUUUGAACUUGAAAGCAGUAGGCAAGUCAUAACAUAGAAAUCUAAAUGUGCCCUUGUCAUGUUUAUGCAGGUUUCCCCAGCCUCAGUACUUCUUCUGCUGGUGAACACUGAGAUCUAGUGUUCACCUUUGCUUUACUGAAUCUGUAACAAGUGAAGUUUGACUUCUUGGUGGACAAAAGAUAUGUUAAAAUGUAGUUAUUUUAAGAAAUGUAGCUGCACUGUGCUUGUGACCUGAGCUAUACAAGAAUCACUUCAGUAUAUUUGUGGUUUUGUUUAAGAGUUGCAAGCAGAAAAUAGCUCCUGAGAUCAGAGCUGUAGACUUUCCGUUUGUGCUGUGCCUCUUGUCCUGUGAGCGGUGUGAGCAGGCAGCGUUCUGUGUAAUGCAGGUGUGCAGUGGCUGGAGGGAGAGGCACUGCCCGGGCACAGCAGCUGGAGGCCUCCUUAAACACAUGGCAGCAUUAGGAGUGGUUCAGGCAGGUGGAGGUUGUUCAGCUUAAAACCAUCUGAUCUGUGAAAGCAUAGUUUGAAAGCCAUGCAAAUCCUAGAGUCAUCAGUGAGAAUAUUCCCAUUUUAGAAUAAGCUUCAGACUUUUAGACAUCUUUGGCAUUUGUAAUAGGUUAGUAAUUCUUGCUGCAGUUUUCAUCCUGCUAAUGUUAGCUCCUUUUUCCAAAUGCUCUAUCUGCAUUAAUAUUUACCAGAGCUGGAAGUAUUGCAAAAUACAACAUUCAGUUUCGAGGGCAGCAUGGACAAACAAACCAUUAAAACCAUAAUUGUUACUGAGACUAACUGAAUGAGCUAUGAAGUUACCUUUAGAAACAAUUCUUUUGUUUUCUAAAUUUAAGCCUUUGAAGCAAGCAUAUGGUAAAACUAGGCUGUGUUUGCACUAUCCAUUUAGCAGCUAUCCAGAUACCUUUAAACAUGACAGCUGAAAACCAGACAAGCAUUCAAAAACACAUGAUGCAUACAAAUCAGCUAUGUAUGAACUGUAUUUUCACAAAGAAAUUAAAUAAGAGUCAUUAAUGCAAGAGCUUUAUGUACACUGUCCAUUUGUUUUGCAUUCAGUAGCAAACUAGCAUAUACUUGAAGAACUGUUGGAUUUUUCUAGGUCAGCCACAGAUUCCUACAGAACAUUCAUUUUCAUGGUGUUAGAUACCUUCUAAAUAGAGUUAUUGAAUCAUCAUUGAUAGGUAGUUUAUGUUGUUAUAUUACAUUGAUUAUAUUUAAUGUGUUAAUAUAUGUAAUUGUUUUAUUUUAAAAUGCCUUCUUCCAUUUCUGUAUCUCUUUGACUGUCAUGGUCUUCAUUUUCUGUCAGUCCUACUUCUGAGCAGCUCCUGUAGUAAUCUUUCUCUGUAGAGCAGUUGUGCCAGCAAAUGUAGACAGAUUGCUGUUAGUUGGUGUUUGUGUUGUACCUCAGACAUGUCUUGUCCCAAAGACUGUUUGCUGGCUUAGCAUCCAAAGUUUCUUCCAAGACUUAGCCCACUUGAUCCUUGCUUGUUUAGGAGAGGAUUGCUUUAGAAGUCAUGAUCAUGAAAACCAAGUUUGAUUUGAUGCAAAACUUGUAGUUAAUGAUGGUUGUUCCCAUCUCUGGUUUUUCUCAUUUCUUAUGUUUUAUUGUAUUUCAGGGUACUUGGAUAUGAAAAUAUCUUGUCAGCUGUACUUCUUCACUGAAGUAGAAAUAAGCUGAGCCAGAAGCAAAAUUUGGAUGAAGUGAACUAACCAAGUUGCCGUCAUGAGCAGGAGCAAGCGUGACAACAAUUUCUACAGCGUUGAAAUUGGAGACUCAACUUUCACUGUAUUGAAACGAUAUCAGAAUUUGAAACCAAUAGGAUCAGGAGCACAAGGGAUAGUAUGUGCAGCUUACGAUGCCAUCCUUGAGCGGAAUGUUGCAAUCAAGAAGUUAAGCCGACCGUUUCAGAACCAAACCCACGCUAAAAGAGCCUACAGAGAGCUGGUUCUUAUGAAGUGCGUUAAUCACAAAAAUAUAAUCGGCCUACUGAAUGUGUUCACACCACAAAAAUCCUUGGAAGAAUUUCAAGAUGUCUACAUAGUGAUGGAGCUCAUGGAUGCAAAUCUCUGCCAAGUGAUUCAGAUGGAGCUGGACCAUGAACGAAUGUCCUAUCUUCUUUAUCAAAUGCUGUGUGGUAUCAAACAUCUUCAUUCAGCUGGGAUUAUUCAUAGGGAUUUAAAGCCCAGUAAUAUAGUAGUAAAGUCAGACUGCACUUUGAAGAUUCUUGACUUUGGACUGGCCAGAACUGCAGGAACUAGUUUUAUGAUGACGCCUUAUGUAGUGACUCGUUACUACAGAGCACCAGAGGUCAUCCUAGGGAUGGGAUACAAAGAAAACGUUGACAUUUGGUCAGUUGGGUGCAUCAUGGGAGAAAUGAUCAAAGGUGGUGUUUUAUUUCCUGGUACAGAUCAUAUUGAUCAAUGGAAUAAAGUUAUAGAGCAGCUAGGAACACCAUGCCCCGAAUUUAUGAAGAAAUUACAGCCUACAGUCCGAACUUACGUGGAGAACAGACCUAAAUAUGCUGGAUAUAGUUUUGAAAAACUCUUUCCAGAUGUCCUUUUCCCAGCUGACUCCGAACACAAUAAACUUAAGGCAAGUCAAGCAAGAGAUUUGUUAUCAAAAAUGCUGGUUAUAGAUGCUUCUAAAAGAAUCUCUGUGGAUGAAGCCCUGCAGCACCCAUACAUCAAUGUUUGGUAUGAUCCAUCAGAAGCAGAAGCUCCUCCACCAAAGAUACCAGAUAAGCAGUUAGAUGAGAGGGAACACACGAUAGAAGAGUGGAAAGAGUUGAUAUACAAGGAAGUCAUGGACCUGGAGGAAAGAACCAAGAAUGGGGUUAUACGUGGCCAACCAGCCCCUUUAGGUGCAGCAAUGAUCAAUGGCUCUCAACACCCAUCUUCAUCAUCAUCUGUCAACGAUGUGUCUUCAAUGUCAACAGAUCCAACAUUGGCCUCUGAUACAGACAGCAGUCUAGAAACCUCAGCUGGACCUCUGGGUUGCUGUAGAUGACUACUUGGUCUUUUGGGGGGUGGGAGGGGGGUCCUUUUAGUCAUUAAUAGGGCACUUUUAAAAUUUGGUGGUAUUUUUGAGUGUUUUUUCAAAAAUAAUCAUGGAAUUCGUCAUAAAGUGCUGUAAUUUCAAACUGUAAGUUGUGUUAUAAGCAGCCACUUUUUUGCUGUAAUUAACUGUAAAAUAUUAAACCUGGUAAUUUUUAUUGUGGUUUUAAAAUCUGCAUAUUUGCUUUACUAUUAUGCUGCUGAUCUUUUUUUACUGAAUUUGUAAGAUUUGUUUUAUCAAAGCACAUAUUAAUGUUGUGGUCAUUACCAUAUGAUGAAUUAUUUAAGAUUUUAUAGGUUUUCAAUUUUUUAAUUAGAAUUUAUUCCAGAUGUUUUGUUCAUGAUAUCCUUCAAAGUUUUAUGCUGGGUCAUACAUCUGUGUCCAGGUGGAAGGGGAGAGAAUUCAGUGCAGCCAGCUGUAGUUUCAGGCAUACUACUGUGGUGCUGGAUAGUGAACAAAAUCCUCUUUUAUUUUGGCCACUUGCCUGUAAUACUUCAGCAAAAGCAACAAUUAGUGAGGUUUUUUUAGGGAAACAGAGAAAACCUUUGCAAAGUAACAUUAUCUGAAUGGGUUUAUGAACUUAAGAAAGCAAAGCAUAUCUUCAAAGCUGCAGAAAUACCCAGCCUAGAAGAGUAAUGUGAUGUUUUCUGCAGAGUUGUGGCAUGCCAAAUCUUGUGAUCACCAUAAAACAUGAGGAUACUUCAUGAAUAAUACAUUGCAAUGCCAAUAAACUGUUUACUUCUAGUUCGUAGCCUGUUUUUGUACACACAAAAUGAAGUAUAUCCAGGAUGUUUAGACUGACAAGAGGGAAUAUGAAUAUGCUGUAGGUAUACUUUCAUGUGAGAUGUGAUUCUUGGGAGUUCUGGUUCUUAUUAGUUUUGUCUACUAAGGCGAGUGCUUUUUGGGUCAAAGAGGGAAUGACAUGAAUGCAGUAGGGGCAAAACUUCAGCUACUCUUUCUCCACCAGAAGUGACUGAUUGCAAAAAACCAUGAAGUGGUGGGAGAACCUCAGGAUUUCUGUAGCUAAUGCAUUAAUUGAGCAAUAUAUGCCAUCCAAAGGGGGGAGAAGUAGUGCUGUAUAAAUUAAUAUUUAUCGCUUUCAUUUCACCAUGAGAUCAGUGUAGCAGAAAUCUAGCAGUGGGUUCAUUUUAAGUCAUAAAUAUUCAAUAGUUUUCAUUAACGAAGCUCCAAGUUUCAAUACACUUUUUAAACAAAAGAUAUAUUGAGAUAUAUAGAACAGUUAAUAAAUAGUCAUGUAAGAUGGUGCUGCUCCUCACAGAAGUAUUUUAACUGUUUACAUUUUAUAUUUACAGAAUGAUUUAUGUAUAACUGACUUAAGUUUAUGUAUGAGUUAAACAAUCAUUCAGAAUUUAUUUCUUUGGAAAAUGCAGAUUUUUAGUGAAGCUAGGCUGCAUAAUUGAUUGCCUUGUGUAGAUGCAUAUUUUGUGUAGUGAAUUAGAAUGUGAAGAGGAAUUCAUAUUAGUAAGGCUCACAAAAAUGGGCAUAAGAGAUAGAGAAGUCUUGCCAAGCACUGAGCAUAAGCAAAUAAUAUAACUGCCUGUAGAGCUCAUCCAGGGGUGACUGAUGGUCUCAGUGUGGUUCCUUCUGCUUGUUGGGUUAAAUAAGAAUCUUUUUGAAGUUUUAACUAAAAGAGGAAAAUUUGUCUUUGCAGUAAGUUUUAAAAAAACAGAAGUGAUAGCAAUGUCAAUGUUCAACAUGUCUUUUUAAAAAACAUGCAGGGUUGCAAGGAAUGGUAAUAUCUCAAAGAUAACUAGAUUGAUAAACUGUGCAGUUGUUUUCCUGGCCUGGCUAGACUGCUGCUAAGUGCUGUGUGCGUGUAAUUUUGCUUUCCUCGUUUAUAUCUAAUAUUUCAAUAUUGCCUUCCUAAGCCACAUUUGUUAAGACAAUUAUUUUUGCAGGAUCCUGCCAAAUUGUAUAUUACCUCAGAACAGGCAGGACAAGUUUGGAUUCAUCUAGCACUGGAAUGUAGAAAAUGUUGAACAGAGACCAAUUGAACAGUCUGUUUUGCAUUUUUUUUAUGAAAGUUUAAGCUGUGAAUUAAGCCAAAAUUUUUGGUCAAACAAAAGUACUCCAUUGUUACAUAGGGUCAAGUGAUGGUGUGGUCAGCACAGUGUAAUGAAGUUAAGACUGACAAAAGUAACUUCUGAUGCCUCUCAGUGCUGUUAAAAAUAAAUAGGUAAAUAUAGUUCCUAUUUAAAUUCAUUUUAGACCCCACUGGAUUGCAGUGAUUAUUGAAAUAUUUUGAAUCUUAAAAAUAUUUUUUGCUAUCGCUUUCCAGUGUCCGAAAUAUAUAGUAACUGAACUGAGCUCGUAAGUGCUAAGGAGAAUUGAGCUUUUCUUCUUUUAAGACAAGGUUAGUGAAUGUGUGGAACUGCCCACUGCAGCCUGUUGCAGUGUGUGAGCAAGCUGUGCUUAAAGGUAUUGCUUCAGUAGGGCCAGAGCUUUGCCUGUGGAAACCAAGAGUUCACUUUUGGCACCAUCUUCACAGGAGUGUUGCUUUUUCUUUUUUUUCAGUUGCUUGCAUUUUAGGCAAAUUAAAGUGAUGGCAAAUUUCAAAGACAAAAUCAUAUUUAGUAAUCAAAUCAUCACAAGAGCAUGCCAGUCUUAACUUCCCUUUUUAUUUGUUGAAAUAUAAACUUUUUUCAGAUAGGUGUACACUGCCACAGAUAGCAAACAAAUGGGUAACUGGAAUUCAGCUGUCUUUGUCUAUUGUUAGAUUAUAUGCUGUACAAUACACUGUACAAUUUUAAAGUAUUGUUAAGUUUUAUUUUAGGCUUUGAUUUGGAUUCUUCUCAAGACAACAGGCAUCACUGAAGUGCAUGCCUGAGGCCAUUCCAAUUCACUGGGAGUUGAUACGGAUUGAAUUACCAUGAGCUGUCUGAUCCCUUACCUCAGGUGAGGUUCGAGUUGGGCAGUAAUAGCGAGAUUGAUUUCUGCCUUCUUUGGGCAAAGCUGUGGCAUGCAGCAAGGGUAAAGCAGCUCUCUCCUUCUGUAGAAGUAGGUUGUUCAAGAACUUGAAAUAGAGAUGGUGUGGGGGGCGGGAAUUAGUACCCUUAGAGUGUACUGGGAUGCAGUGCUGGGAAGUCUGCUGCUGGUGCAAGACAGUGGGUCAGAGCUGAUGUGUUGGUGUGUGGGGGCAGCUGUGCUGCUCAAGCACAACUCCCUGGUGGAACAUGCUCAGCCCUGGGUCAGUGCUCAGCUGAGCAGAUAUGGCACUUUGCCCUGGCCAAGCUUGGGCUUUCAGCUUUGAAGAACUUUUACUAUGUGAGAUGCAGCAGCAUCUUUCUGGGCAGGAAUUCCAACUGGACAUAGCAUCAGCACCAGUGGUGUGGUGGGAGUGUCCUGUGUCCCCAGCACGAGCUGUGCCAGUAGGGCCCUGCUGCCUGGGGCUGGUGGGGCCAGCACUGAGCACCUGAGCUGGGACUCUGUAGGGGAUGGAUGGAUGGAGCAUUCAGGUCAGCAGUGCAUGAAGGAAAAUGUCAAAAACCUCCUUUGGGGGGUGGUCCUACCCAGCCAAUAAUCUGAAGUGUAUGACAGUAAAUGUUUCUUGAUAAAGAUCAUGGGUAAAAUGAGAGAAGAAGGUUCAGCUUAUACUUGGUCUUACUUUUUCAAGUUGCUAAAUGGAGUGAAUUAGUUUCUAAUCUGUAUUUAUUUGCUUUUGGCAGCAGCUUGUCCAUACGGUUACGUUUUAUUUCCUGUCAGUGGUUUGGAGCAGUUGAAGGAGAGCCUGUCUUUAUUUUUCAGCAGAAUUAGAAAGAGGUUUUUAUUGAAGCAGUGUGAUAAGACUGUACUGCCUACCCAAAUUUUCAAUUAAUUUAUUCUUAGUUAAGGGCACUGGAUAAUAGAAUUUUAAGUAGUCUCUCUCACUUCCUUCUCUUUGUAUGUCUGUGUUACAGAAAUGUGUUACAAAUCAGAUCACAUUGUGUUUCUAUUUCUGCAGUUCAAAAUUUAAGCUAGGUUUUCUUGAACUACCUCACACAAAAUUUCUAUGUUUCUUAAGUAAGCAAAGCUAACCCUUGCUAUUGGAACUACACUGAAUGUGAAUAGAAAACACACCUCCUUUAGAAAAACAAACCUAUUGGCCAAUGUUGAGACAAUAUCAGUAUGUUUCUUAUCUAUUUCACGUAUGAUGUUAAUGUGUAAUAUAUAUAUAGCCUGUGUACAGUAAUGUACAUCUAGAUUAUUGUGUUAGCUGUAAAUUGGUGAUUUUAUUACUGUAGUCUGGUUUUGUAGGGUAAAAAUAGCUUACUAGUAAUGUCAGCUCAUCCUUUACAUUUUACAAAAGGAAUAAUUCUUGGUAAGCUUUGCAUACAGAUGAAUUACUUUUGUAGGCCCAAUAUCUAGUCUAUUUUUGAGAGUUCUUUAACUUUUAUUACUAAAGUUGAGAAAAAAAAUCCCACCCCAAUUAUUGUGAUCAUUCCUUCUGCCCUUCUUGAAGUAUAUUCUUAAUUUUAUUAUGUCCCAAGAAAUACAAAGGGGAAGAUACACCAUUAAAAAUACUGGGGAAAACUAAUUUUUUUUCUUCCCCACAUUUGAUACUUUUUUCUGCUUUUCCUUUAUUCCCUCCAAAUAAGCUGUUGGUGGGCAUUAUUGAGAACAUUGUGGGGUUUUUUUAACUCAGUCAUACCAUAGGUCAUUACAUGUGCACCACUGGAAUGUAUACAUUGUUAUCUAGUAUGUCAGUUGGUUAUAAUGAUAUUUUAAAUAAAAAAGAAAAAAAAAGUUUGA